CCGCAGCCGCCUCCCCGGCCGGGAAUCCCUUCCCUGGAUCCUCCUCCCUCUCCUCUGCCCUCCCCUCGGCAGCGGAGCCCCAGCCCCGGCCGCCCCGCACACGGAUGCCCCGGCAGGGUCUGUCCAUGGAUGCCAGCAAGAAGGUGGAUCUGAAGAUAAUCAUCAUUGGAGCGCUGGGUGUGGGCAAAACCUCCCUCCUGCACCAGUUCGUGCACAAGACAUUCUAUGAGGAUUACCGCACCACGCUGGGCGCCAGCAUCCUCACCAAGGUCCUCGUGGUGGACAACACCUCCCUGAAGCUGCAGAUCUGGGACACAGGGGGACAGGAGCGAUUCCGAUCCAUGGUGUCGACCUUUUACAAGGGCUCGGAUGGCUGCAUGCUGGCGUUUGACGUGACGGACAGGGAGUCCUUCGAGUCCCUGGACAACUGGAGAGAUGAUUUUCUGGAGAAGGUCAUCCCAAGGGAGCAAGAUUUCCCCAUGGUCCUGUUGGGGAACAAAAUAGACCUCUGUGAUCGGCAGGUAUCCAAGGAGAUGGCCUCAUCCUGGUGCAAGGAGAAGGACAUCCCUUACUUUGAAGUCAGCGCCAAGAACAACAUCAAUGUCGUGGAGGCUUUCGAGACCCUGGCAAAGCAGGCGCUGGCAACGUACAAAGGGAUCUUUGAGAGUUACUUGACUGACUCCAUCAAACUCACGCCCAACGACAAGCCCAAGAAGAGCUGCUGCUGAACCCAGGCAAGCACAGCCCAGGCGGGCUGGACCCCACAAUGCCCACGGCCACCCCGGCCUCAGAGGCUGCCCAAGCCAGGACCCCAUCAGUGACCACUCAACACAUUGGGACCGGCUGCUUGCACAUCCCAGGACUUGCUGCUUCCCACCUCUCCAGAACUGCUCUCCCAACAUUCCCCUUGAUCCGCUGGCACCGAGCGGGUGAUCCCCUGCGGUGACGGUGCCAGGGCAAUGCUCUGAUGCCUUUCCAUGGCCCCGCAUGUGGAAUGGUGGCCCCGCGCCAUGCACGGUGCUCACGGUGUGGCCUGCAGGGAUAAGCGGGGCUGGUGGCCACGGCGCAGGUCUGAGCCCAGCCAGGUCCCCUCCUGGGCUCAGCCGCUGUGGAUGCAACCAUUGCGUGCCUCAGUUUGCCCUGCUCCCAUGCACGAGCCGUGGGUCACCUCCUGCCGCACUGGUGAGGACCCACACUGAAACCCUUGCCAGGGAUCCCUUUUUUUAAGGAAAGGAAUUAAAUCGUUCAUUUUUA